UCGGGUCACGGUAGGGGAGUGAGGUUUCUAUCAUGAUUCUCGCUAUCUGACUAUUGUUUUCUGAAAAUGUUUGUGGCCACAUAAGUAAGAGUUGCAGCUGUGUCAUCAACCAUGGGCGUCUGUGCUCCUCUGUUUCUGCUAGGAAUUCUGGCUAUGUCCGAAAUCAAGAAGACAACGGCGUCUGAGUGCUGCUCUGCUUACACAGACGGUGGUUACAGCAAGAGCGCAUUCUGGUGUGCAACCUACUGCUGUUACAAAAGCGGAUUUGGUUUGACCGGGGAAGGACGAGAAUGUUGUGACUCGUCUUAUCGGAGGGUUUAUAGCUGGCAAAGAGAUUCUGAUUGCGAAUGGUUAGAUGAACACAGAUGGAUGUAUGCGAUUAUAGGCAUUGGCAGUAUUGGAAGCAUUGGUCUAUGUAUCUUCGGGUGCGUCAAGUGUUGCUGCCAAAGCAGGCCAAUUGCUGUGGCCCCUCUGAAUCAACCACAAGUUUCAGUGUUAGCUGUCAACUCUCAACAGCAAAGUCACAUGACCCAACAAAGUCACAUGGGUCAACAUCCGGGCUACUCGAUGCAAAGCGGACCACAUCCACCGCCUUACAAUGCAGACAUGGCCGCAAAACCGCCUAACCUUUAAACGUAGAAUUGUUCAAACGUGUUUAACCACCCUAGUUGCGGCAUACAUGUUGGCUAUAUAUAGCACAACUGCUUGCAAUUUGGUCUCUAGUUUUAGUCGAGGGAUAUGGUUCCAAAGGUGACCUCUUUGCCUCGUUUGCCUUCAAUGUCUUGAUUAUGGAAAUAAAUAAUUUUAUUGUC